AUGGCACUCUCCAGUCAGUCUACAAUUGAAUUGCUGCAAGUGGCGGUCGUCGGAAGCCAGAGCAGUGGAAAAUCGAAUGUUCUGGAGGCACUAGUCAGAAGAGAUUUCUUGCCCAGAGGUUCGGAUAUUUGUACUCGCCGACCUCUCAUUCUUCAGCUCGUGCAGACUAGACGAAAACCUGAUGGCACCAAGUGGGCCCUCCACUGGAUCGACGACUCUGAGUCCUUCGCGGAGCGCCUGGUGGCCUUCGCCUGCGUGGAGGGGAUAUUCUUCUCAGGGAGCUUUUGCGCCAUAUUCUGGGUGAAGAAUUGGGGGCUGAUGCCGGGCUUGACCUUCUCCAACGAGCUGAUCUCGCGGGACGAGGGGCUUCACUGUGACUUCGCGUGCCUGCUGUAUGGGCUGCUGAGGGCGAAGCUGAGCGAGGAGAUUUUGAUCUCAGAGAUGGAGGGCUUCACUGUGACUUCGCCGAGGGAGGCCAUGGCUGAAGCCAUGGAGGACUUGGAGAUGGUGUCCAUGGGGAGGAAACGAAUGGGAGGGUGA